AAACUGAGGUGUGCAUACCAACACAGGAGCCACACCACGCAAAGCAACCUCAACCAUGGCGACAGCUAAAGACGACGUGGGCAAUGUGCCGCGCACUAAGUUCUUCCUACGUGGCAAGGGCGGCAUCGAAGCCAUUUGGGGCCCACCGUCCUCCAGCAAGGACGAGGUCAGGAUAGAGUGCGAUGAGAGCUUCGACGCACCAGGCAGCGCCGACCUAAUGGAGUUCACGGAGGACGGCAAGCACGUAGUACUUGUACGCACCACCUCAGGCUUCACGGUGCGCGACGCGGACACGGGCGCGGUGGUGACGGAGGUGGCCAAUGCUGGCGUCCACGCUGUGUCCUGGUCUCCUCUGGGCUCGCAUUUGCUCACGUGGCAGCGACCUCAAAAAGACUCGGACCUCGGCAAUCUCAUUGUAUGGGAUGCUGCCACUGGCAAGGAGGUCGCGCGCUUCAACCACAAGUCUUACACUCGUGACAAAUGGCCGCCACUCCAGUGGUCGUCGGAUGAGACGAUCUGUGCGCGUCAGAGCGCGAACGGCGUGGUGCUCUACAACGGUCGCGACAUUGGCUCAGGGUCGAUUGGCCAAAUCAACCUCCCGAACGUGGCGAACUUCAGUGUGGCUCCUGGUAGUGCUCCGUACAAGGUGGCGUUGUUCGUGCCUGAAAAGAAGGGCAAGCCUGCGAGUGUCAAGAUCUACCAGUUCCCGAACAGCCUGGACGCUCCUACGGCGACCAAGAGUUUCUACAAGGCUCAGGACGUGACGCUUAAAUGGUCACCUACUGGUAGCGCACUGAUUAUUGAGACACGCACGGACAUCGAUACGUCUGGCAAGUCAUACUACGGUGAAACUGGGCUCUUCUUUAUGCAGAGCGACGGUGAGUAUGACUGCAUUGUGCCGCUCACAAAGGAGGGCACAGUGCACGACGUGGCCUGGGACCCCACUGGUCGCGGCUUCGUGGUGAUUGCUGGUGCGAUGCCUGCGCACGCCACGCUUUACGACAACAAGGCGCUGCCCGUCUUUGAGUUCGGUGCGGCGCCUCGUAACCACGUUAGCUGGAGUCCCCACGGUCGCUUCCUGUGUCUCGCUGGAUUCGGCAAUCUUCGCGGUGAUAUGGACUUCUGGGAGCGCAACAAGCUCAAGAAAAUGGGCUCGGCGACGUCCAACUCGGCCACUACCUUCUCUUGGUCUCCUGACAGCCGCUACUUCGCCACGGCCACGACUUUCCCGCGUCUGCGCGUGGACAACGGCUUCAAGAUUUUCCGUUACGAUGGCACUGGUCCUAUCCACCAGGAAGAGCGUGGUGAGCUGUACGACCUCAAGUUCCGCCCGGCAGCGCAGGAUACGUACCCGAACCGUCCUCAGUCUCCGCGUCGGAAGGGUGAAGCUGCGGGUUUCGGCUCCUCUGAGGCCCCGAAGGCUGCGCCGAAGCCACAGGCUUACCGUCCACCCAACUCGACGGGAGCGCUGGCUGCUAUGAUGCGCAAGGAGGAGGGAGGCUCACGGAAGCUCGACCGCAACAAGUACGCCGCUCCUCGCGCUGCUUCUUCCAUUCCUGGUGCUGCGCCUCGCCCGAUUCCUGGCAUGGGAGCGGCUGCGGCGCCUAAGAAACUGAGCAAGAGCGCACGCAAGAAGAAGGCGCAAGAGGCUGCUGAAGCCAGAGCUGCUGUGGAGGAGGCCCUUGCUAAGGUUUCUGGCGCUGCGCCUGCAAAGGAGGAACCGGCAAAGCCGAGUCCGGCGGAGAUGACGCCUGAAGAGAAAGCCAAGAAGGUCAAGGGAUUGCUCAAGAAACUCAAGCAGAUCGAUGCGAUUAAGGCCAAGAAGGAGGCGGGCGACUCGCUGAACGACGAUCAGUUGCAGAAGCUCAAGACUGAACAAGCGCUGCGUGACGAAGUUGCUGAACUCUCUGCGUAAAUAGGCGUACACGCGUCGAGCUUAGAAAACGGCGUUGUCGCUAGGAAAGCAAUAGAGCUGCAUCGUGCAUUCCUGUACUUUCC